AAUGCUUCCUCCUAACUUUUUUGAUCGGUUAUAUCUUGGCAUCUCUUUGAAUGAGCAACUUUCAUUUUCACUUUAUAACUUUGCCUGUAUUUAAAAUUAAAGAAUUCCCAUCCCGGGAGUUCCGCCAGUAGAGGGCGCUCGUGCAACUGAGGCAAUGAAACACAUCCGAGACUAGUAGAAGAAGAGAAGUGAGCGAGGGAAGGGAACAUAAUCAUGUGAAGUGGAACACAGCCGUUCAUUCUGAUCUAAAUCUGCUGUUUUAGACUGAGAAGCAGCAAGCAGGAGGAAUUACUGCAGAAGAAACUACUGACAUACUAUUGUAAAGAUGGAGAUUAAAGAAGAACCCUGCAGAAUAAAAGAUGAAGAUACGGAGGAACAAAUAGACCUGAUUGAAGUGAUUGAAGACAAACACCAUCAUUUCACAAAUGAAGAUGGAAAACUGACAUAUAAAAGUGAAGACCAACAUCUGUUUCAAAAACCUCAUCAUUUAAAAAAUGAAGAUGGAAAUGCAGUCAUUUCAAAAACUGAAGAGAAUUUCACACAAAAACAAGCUGGAGAAUCUGGAGUUGAAGGAUUUUUCACCUGCUCUGAGUGUGGAAAGAGUUUAAAACAUAAAUCAGCCCUUAAGAGACACAUGAGAAUUCACACUGGAGUAAAACCUUUCACAUGCACUCAAUGUGGCAAGAGUUUCAGUCGCAAAGAGGACUUAAAUGUGCACAUGAGGAUUCACAAUGGAGAAAAACCGUUCACCUGCUCUCAGUGUGAAAAGAGUUACAGACACAAAUCAAACUUUAUAAGACACAUAACAUCUCACACUGGAGAGAGGCCUUAUACAUGCACUCAGUGUGGAGAGAGUUUCAGUCACAUAGAGGACUUAAAUGUGCACAUGAGAAUUCACACUGGAGAAAAACCGUUCACAUGCACUCAGUGUGGAAAGAGUUUCACAUCCAAAAGCUCUCUCAAAGAUCAUCUGAGCCGUCACUCUGAUGUGAGACCAUUCAGCUGUGAUCAGUGUGAUAAAACAUUUGUACAUGAAUCAAACUUUAGAACACACCUUAAAAUUCAUACUGCUCUAAAUCCUCACAUUUGUUCCUUUUGUGGAAAGUGUUUUACACGAUCGCAGUAUUUAAAAGAGCAUGAAAGUCUUCAUACUGGUGUGAGCCCUCAUAUGUGCUCUGACUGUGGGAAGAGCUUUACAUCAAUGGGCAACUUAAUAAAGCACCAGAGAAUUCAUACUGGAGAGAAACCGCACAAGUGCUCACACUGUGGGAAGAGUUUCACCCAAUUUUCUCAUCUACAGACUCAUAUGAGAAAAUGUUGCCCAAAGAUGUCAAUGAGCAAAGUUCAUCAGAAGAUCCAUUUCUUAAAACUAGUGCAUUGCCUUAAAACUGAUUUGUGAAGGAAUGUGUUUUGUUUCUUUGUGAAGUUCAAUUAUAUUCAUUAAUUGUG